CCACCUCGAUGCGCGCAGCAAAGACGGCGCUCCCUCCCGCCACCCGUCGCGGCUGUUUGAGGGCGGCGACGCCAGCAGCGCUCGCGGGCUGCUCUCGCGGCACACGGUGGCUCGGCACGCAGCCUGAGGCUGAGCCGCGGGGCAGUCUGGUGCCGGAGACGCUUGCGGAGAUGGACAGCGCCGGCUCGGAGUUCCAGCAGAAUGCAGCCGAGCUGCGCGCGAUGGGGAAGCAGCGCCUCUCGCUGCAGGAGCGCAAGCGCAGGCGGCGCGCUCUCGACGCGCUCGGCGUGCCCGACUUUGCCGCGUUUCUCGGGCAGCAGGGCGUUUCCCUCCCGCUGCGCAAGGAGGCGGUGACGAUGCUGCAGCUCAACGUGGGGCUGCUCUGCAACCAGGCCUGCACGCACUGCCACGUCGAGUCGUCGCCUCGCCGGACCGAGGCGAUGGACGAGCGGCUGGUCGAGCACAUCCUGCGCGUGCUCGCCGCCUCGCCCGAGGUGGAGACGGUCGAUAUCACGGGCGGCGCCCCGGAGAUGACGCCCGCCUUCUGGCCGCUCGUCCGAGGCGCGCGCGCGCUCGGGAAGGAGGUGAUCGACCGGUGCAACCUGACGGUGCUGUUCGAGCCGGGGAUGGAGCGGCUGCCCGACUUCCUCGCCGAGCACGGCUGCCGCGUCGUCGCCUCGCUGCCGUGCUACUCGCGCGAGAAUGUCGACAAGCAGCGCGGCAACAAGGUCUUCCAGCGCUCGAUCGCCGGGCUGCAGAGGCUGAACGGUGUCGGGUACGGCGUCGAGGGGUCGGGCCUCAAGCUCGACCUCGUCUACAACCCGGGCGGCGCCUUCCUGCCCCCGCCGCAGGACGCGUACGCGCGCGAGCUGGACGCCAACUUCGGGAUCGUCUUCAACGAGCUCUUCACAAUCACAAACAUGCCGAUCAAGCGCUACGCCGACCACCUGCACAAGGGCGCGCCAACCCCCCCCCCCCCCCCUCUCCCCCCGGGCGAGCUCCAGGCGUACAUGCAGCUGCUCGUCGACUCGUUCAAUGUCUCGACCGUCGACCACCUCAUGUGCCGCACCCUCGUCUCGGUGGGCCACGACGGGCAGAUGUACGAUUGCGACUUCAACAUGGCGCUCGACAUGGCGUCGCGCGGCGGCGGAGGCGAGGCGAGCGGCGCGCCGCAGCUGCCCCGCCCCUCGGGCACCAUCUUCGACAUCUCGUCGCUCGACGAGCUGCGCAGCGACGCGAUACGCACCGGCACGCACUGCUUUGGAUGCACGGCCGGCAGCGGGUCGACGUGACAGGGGCAGACGGUGUAAGCACGCGCGCUUACACCUGCCGUCCCACGCCCAGACUCGGGGUCGUGGCGCCUGAGUGACGGCGCGGGGUGCGCCCUCUUGCGAGGAGCCCCGCGCCUGAGGAGAGGCGCCACGCGACACGCGGGGAGUGUUCGCGCGAGUCUCUGCUCGUGUGCUCGAUGUGCCCGUGUGCAAAUGACACACGACACACCACACCCCGCGCGCGAAAGUUCCCACCAGAGUCCGGGGAUGCUCUCUCUCUCUACGACCUUAGCAAAACACUCGAUUUCAAGUGCCGUAUUUGUUACUCGAGUCUACAGUGAGAUAUUACGUUAGACGUACGGUAUGUGAAAUGAUCGCAACGAUAUGAUCGCGCGCGGUCGGCGGCUGCGCCUGCCGCGCCCCGUUGCCGUCUCGGCGCCCCCGCGCCCUGUCACGAGAGACUAUCGAGAUAGAGACGCUGGAAGAUUAUGACGCGCAAUGUCGCGCAGUAUGCCCACUCUCCCCUCGAGAGAUGAGAUGUCCCCGGCGGCGUCGGGUGCGACAGCUGUACGGCUCUCACUGAGGCGUCACAGCGCUCGGCUUUCUUGAGAGGCUUCCGCCUCAGACUCAUUUGGGGGCGAGGUCUCCCUCGUCCUCCUCCUCGACGACGUCCUCCGAGUCGAGGUAGUGCAGCUCGCGCUCCGAGAAGAACAUGGGCAGCACGACGUUGCGGAUGGGCACGAAGCAGAGGAUGACCAGCGGGAAGCACAUCGCGAAGGCGGACUUCUUGACGACGUAGAGGACGAGGAAGCCGAGGAUCUGCACGAAGGUGAAGGUGUGCAGCUUGACGCGCGACACCUGGCGCACGUACGAGGUUGGCGGGUAGAGCUUGGGCUCCAUGAAGAGCAGGCUGAUCCGCUCCCACAGCUGGAUGGUGGUGAGCGAGGUGAUGCCCAUCGUGAGGAAGAGGCCGAAGAGGACCGCCAUCGGCACGUGCUUGAGCACCGAGACGAGGAAGAGGGAGCAGCCGAUGAGGAGGUGGAUGAGCAAGCCGGUGAGGCGCGUCUC